CCGCGCAGCCUGCGCGUCCUACGCGCCUCUUGCACCUCCAUCCAGCCGCAACGCACGUCAGAGACCGAGCUCGUCGACGCACGAGCUUGGCGAGGACGGCGUGGGCAGAUGUGGCUCACCAGGGUGCUCUCCUCGACAGUCUUCCUGGGCGCUAUAAUAUUCACGAUACCCUUAGCAUUCGACAUCGGCGGCCGGACAUGCGGGCUCGCCUUCUCGCUGUCUCUCAGCACCUAUUACUUCGUCUACUCGGCCCUCCGCUUAGCAACGCCCGACGACUCCAGAUUUAGAUGGUCAUUGUGCAAGCUGUUCGCCUGGACACAGUGGCUGAUGAUAUCCACGCUGCUGAUAUGGAGCCUGAAUAAAUUUUCCAUCGACUCGGACAACAGCUCCGGUUGGGUGGAGCGGACGUUUGGCGGGAAGAGGGCGCAGGAUACGAGUGUGUAUGAGUGGAUAUUUGGCGUCAACGGGCUGUUGGAGACGGCGACAAUCGGGAGCUGGGACAAGUUGCUAAGAUACAGCACCCCCGUCUUCCAGGUCGGAGAGGGCUUCUGCAGUCUGUUAGUCAUCCAGGCUGCGGGCCAGAUUACGCGAUGGCUUGUGAACAGAGAGCGGGGCGAUAGCUGGAUGCAGAUCGGACUCCUCAUCGGCUCGGCAUCCGUCAUCUCGACCUCUGUCUACUUCCUCUGGCGGAUAACCACCUUCCCCGAGAUCAGCAACGUGGACGCCAUCCUCAUCGGCGUAGCCAUCACAACAGCCAUAUUCCUCUGUGCAUGGGGCAUUGUUAGCGGACGAGGCAACCCGGUGGAAUCAUCACUACUCUUUGCCUACGUUACUCUGUGCAUCUACCAGAUCUUCACCGAUUAUCAGCCAUCGCCAGGCUCCGCUGCCGCCGCCGACAUGCCUUCCGAGCCAGCAUUGCCGCCCCUUCCUCCGAUAAUAAUGGCCUCCUACACCACCCUCCUGCAUGCCCUCGGGUCGCUUCCAACAAUUACGCACACUGCUUUCAACCUCAUGGUCGGAGCCGUCAUGACUGUAACCCCGAGCGUAAUAAUAUCUCUUGCCUACCGCGUCUUCGUCAUGUACGCGGCGGCUCGCAUCAUUCCCGCAGUAAAGGAGAGCGGCGCGCGAGGGCUAUCCCAAGAACCAAGUCUCGAUGAUGAUGACGAGACAACUAAGGUGCUAGGGUUCCUAACGUGGUUCAGCCCUAGCAUCCUAAUAGCAGUCUACACAAGUCUGUUGAUGCAGCAUUUCGCAAGCGGAAAUGGUGGCGAUGCUGGAAGCGCCGUACAAGGCGAGUGGUGGAAGAACCAAGGCGGCGACACGGGAGGGAAUUUUUGGCGGUGGAUCAACCUCGCCGUCACGAUGGCCAUCUAUGCCAUCGAGCUUAAGAUAUCGAAAGAGGAUGACGAUGGGCGGUUGACCAGUCACUGGAAGAGCGAUUGAGCAAAGCUCUGAGCCCAACGAGGGGAGGAACAAGAGAGGGAAGAACAGCCCCCCUGACUGAGACUAGACUAGAGGGAAAGGGCUGGUCUGU